AUAGCAAUCCAUGUAAUAAAAAAAAAUGACAGAUGUGGUCUUCAGGUAUUGAUCGAGGUGUCACACACAAUAGAGACAGAUAAGGUAUGGAGGUUGGUUUGGAAGGAGGUGGGAGCGAGAGAGAUGAGUGAUGAGUGAUGAGUGAUGAGUGAUGAGUGAUGAGAAGAGAAGAGAAGAGGAAUGAAAAAGCAAUCAUAAAGCUGAGGAGUGAGGAGUGAGGAGUGAAAGGGAAAAGGAGGAGAAUGAGAAUGUGUAGCAAGAGAGAGAAGAGGGGAGGAGUGUUGCCGAAGAGAAUAAUUCUGAUGCGGCACGGUGAGUCGGAGGGUAACCUGGAUCCGACCGCAUACGAUACCACCCCGGACCCCAAGAUCGAGUUGACGGAGCAGGGGAUAGCGCAGGCGCGUGCCGCUGGGGCCCGCAUUCGCCACGUGAUCGAGGGGGAGGGGGAGGGCUCAGAGUCAGACAAUUGGCGCGUCUACUUCUACGUCUCACCCUACGCGCGCACCCGAUCCACGCUCCGCGAGCUCGGCCGCGCCUUCUCCAAGAAGCGCGUCAUCGGCGUCAGAGAAGAGUGCCGCAUUCGGGAACAGGACUUCGGCAAUUUCCAGGCGCAGGAGCGCAUGAACGUCAUCAAGGAGACUCGCCAACGCUUCGGCAGAUUCUUCUAUCGCUUCCCCGAGGGAGAGUCCGCCGCCGACGUCUUCGAUCGCGUUUCCAGUUUUCUUGAAUCUCUAUGGAGGGACGUUGACAUGAACAGGCUUCACCAUGAUCCUUCUGAUGAUCUGAAUUUGAUAAUUGUGUCCCAUGGGCUGGCAUCUCGUGUUUUUCUGAUGAAGUGGUUCAAGUGGACGGUUGAACAGUUUGAGCUUCUGAACAAUUUGGGGAACUGUGAGUUUCGCGUGAUCCAGUUGGGGAGUGGUGGAGAAUACAGCUUGGCUGUUCAUCAUACGGACGAUGAACUGCUUGAAUGGGGACUCUCUCCUGAUAUGGUUGCUGAUCAGAAAUGGAGAGCCCAUUCCAAUAAGCAUGACUCCAAUGGUUCAUGUUCCUGGUACCUCGAUGCAUUUUUUGAUCAUCUUCCUGAUUCUGAUUCUGAUGAUGAAAAUGUGGACAAUCAUGAUGAGACAAAUUGCGUGUCUAGUUAAGCUUUCACAAUGCAUGAUGGAUUACUCAAUUUUCCCGUCCAAUUCAUUGAAAAUAACGCACAAGUUAGUAUAAUUUGCUUCUAUUUAAUGCGCAUAUCAAUCAUGUGUAACACACAACCUAACACGCUGUUGUCUUUGAGUGUGCAUUCAGUGUGCCUAGCUAGUUUCUGAAUUCGGGAUUCAUGUUUACUCGAUAGUGGGUUGUUCUUUCUUUGUGUUUUUGAUAAAAGAAAAGAUCAUUUCCAAAACAGGGGAAAGUAAAGAAGGAAAGGACAAGGAGAUAAAAGGUUGUUACUUGCUAGUUAGCAGCUCUAAUCUUUCAUUCAUUCAUCAUAAGAUUGGGAUCCAAUUGUAGGGAAUUGUUGCUUUGUGUAAUGGCGGUAAUGCAUAAUGAAUGUACCCUGUAUUAUACAUUAUGACAGAAUUUAGAAGAGCUUGAACAUACAGGGUGUUUUUAGAGUUUGUACUCGCUUUGUGAUCCUUGAUGUUUGUGAAUAUUGGACUUCAUUCUUGACCGCUUAAUGUGAAAAUUCCAAACAUGCUAUCCAGUUAA